GUCAUCGUCGUCGUUGUUGUGAAGACUAUUGAGCACUAAACGUGAGCCCCAAGCACUCGUUUCUGAUAUUUCACAGACUCUGCACACGCUUCGCAAUUGGCUUGUGAAACGCUGCUCAUCGUUUGGUAUCGAAAUCGCGAAGUUCGACGUUGUUUGAGGGGAUCUGGUGGCCAGGUACAGGCUUCGAAAUCAGGUUCCAAUUUGAACUGAUUGAUCUGUCUCAUGGUGGCUAAGAACAACCAAUCGCGGUGCUGUCGGAUUGCGAUUUAAGGUUUCAAGUUGCGCUUCGGAGAAAUUUUGUUGCUGGCAUUAAGAUUGAAAGUUGAUAUUCAAGGACUCAGCUGAGGUCUUGCCCGACGUAAUUUCACAAUUGUGACAAUGAAUAAAUCAUCUCAGAGUCGUCGUUGCAUACACCAGCGGAACAACAUGAACACUACAAAAUGCAAACGGGUAUCGGGGUUGUCGCGGAUCACCUCGGUUGACGCACAAUCCCGAUCCAGUUGUUCCAAAGCUCCCCCGACCGGCCCUAGUUGUGGUAAGUAUGAUCAUUUCAGGCGCAACCGAAGUGUCCAACAAGAAGGCUCCGAGGACCACGCCACGAGAAUCACAAACCAUAGUCUUGCCAGCAAGCAAAAACGCUCCGUUCACGUCGUUGAGCCCAGACGAAUGGGCUUCGGAGAGGUUAGAAGAUUCUCAACCAAGAGCGUCAACUCCGAAUCAAGCUACGGCAUCAAGCAAUCGCAUUACUCCCAUUUUCCCAGCAAGGAAUAUCAGUGGAAGCCUGCAAUCGGUCUGGGAGAAUCGGGAAGCUCUGGUUCCUCGAUCCCAGCAGCAAAGCGUUUUGAACGUGGCAUCAGGAUCAUUCGGGAAGAGGAGGAGGAGCAAGGAUCAAAGCAAACAGGUUUCUUCUGUGGCCUCAUUGACCACUGAAUCUUCCUCUAAAAACAUCAAUUCUCGUCUACAAGAACAAACUGAGAAGCAGCAGGCUAGUAAGAUCUGCCAACAUUUACGAUAUGUAUCAAAUUAUUGCCGUGCAUUACAAAAUUAUCUUCCUACCAGCGGGCUUCGCCAGAUCCAAGCUUGCGCUGAAGAAUGGCCAGCUCUUGGAAAUAGCUUCACUGUGGCUCAGAGACGAGCAGAGGAGCUUGAGAGUUAUAAACCUACUGUACCCAUAUCACGAUAUAGGAACAAGACUCGCUUCUGGGAUUUCCAUGCGAGCUCUAGCUUACGCUUGAGGCAAGAUCCUCAGCUUGUACAAAGGCAAAACUUACGGCAUGUAGCUAAAGAGGGUGCAGUAAAUGGAAAGGUAGUUGAAAAUAAGGUUCAUGAGCCAAAGCUGAUGAUGCUGAACAAUGAUUUUGCGGUGACAUCAUCAUUGCGGGAUAAUCUUCUUAUCACUAUUGCGUUGACAGAAAGGGAAUGCUCAACCCAGUUUGUGGAGGAUCAGGAGGAACUGAAGCUGGGUUUGAAGGAGCAAGCGCAUUUGGUUCUGCUUGGACGGUUCACGGCAUUUUCAUCGUUCUUGCAGUUCAAACUGUGCCACGAUGCACUGCGAGUGAAGUAUGAGCAGAAUGCUGGCGGCUCUUCUACCAUCUCUGAGUCCUUGUCUGUGGAGUACUUUGCGAGAAGGUUUCGUGCUCAGGACAUUGUCUCAGAGAUGGAAGUUGAGUACUGGUCCUCAAACUGGAAGAAGGUGGAUUAUAUUUGCACCCUGUAUGGCCAGCGGGUGGGAGUAUCAGUUUCUCGGGCAAUGGCGUUCCCCGACCCAAAAGCCUUCUCCCCUGAAAUGGCACAUCGCCUACUUCAUAAGAAAUUAUACGGCUUGGUUGUUGCAAGAGAUGGAGUUACCAAGCGGCAUAGUUUCUCCAAGAGCAUUCUUCACGUGUGGUGCGAAACUCAACGGACAGCUGAGAUAAUGAGGACUGUGUCCACAGAUGUUCGGAAGGACUUGAAUAUCAGCGACAGUAUUAUCAUGGUACUCACUGUCGCAGAUGAUUUGUAUUCUCGCCCUAUCUUCUACGAGCAUGCCCUUCAUCAGAGUUGACAUGAACGUUUAGCUUCGCAACAGCUCUCUCAAAUCGUAUUUUUAUUCGGGACGUGGGGCCUUCAGACUAGUGUUUGACCAAGGCGAUCGGCUUCCAAAGUAUCAUCACCAACUGGCAACACGCACAGCAAACUCGACCCCAUAAGGUUGGACAGGCAGCCACCUGUGAGGUAAUUUUUCUUCCUGCCGUGACAGUUCCUGUGCCGUGAUGCACACAAACUAAGGUACGCGAGCCUCAUGAAACGAGGGAAAGUUAUUUAAAGUGUCUUGCCUCCAAGAUUUCAGUUGCCACUUGGCAUUGAGAGUGUACAGCUCGGCUGCGGGAUUCGGAAACCAAAGGGGUUGAUUCCAACGCUCAUUUGUAAUUUCAGCUUUCUCAGUCUCAAUAAUUCGCCUUGUACAGGUGUUCAUGGAGAGUUGAAAUGCUGAUAGUCAAAACAUUCACACGCCUAGAAAUUCGUGAUAAA